UGUGCUGAACGAGUAGGCCAGAUGACUAAAACAUACAAUGACAUUGAUGCUGUUACACGUCUCCUUGAGGAAAAAGAACGGGAUUUAGAAUUAGCUGCUCGAAUUGGCCAGUCAUUGCUGAAGAAGAAUAAAACUCUUAGUGAGAGAAAUGAACUUCUUGAAGAACAAGUAGAGCAUAUCAGGGAAGAGGUUUCUCAACUGCGUCAUGAGCUGUCCAUGAAAGAUGAGCUUCUUCAGUUUUAUACCAGUGCUGCUGAAGAAAGCGAGCCAGAUUCCCUCUGUUCAACUCCAUUGAAGAGGAAUGAAUCAUCUUCAUCUGUCCAGAAUUAUUUUCAUUUUGAUUCCCUUCAAAAGAAGCUGAAGGAUCUCGAAGAAGAGAAUGUUGUCCUUAGGUCAGAGGCCUGCCAGCUGAAGACUGAAACCAUUACUUAUGAAGAGAAAGAACAGCAACUUGUAAAUGAUUGUGUAAAGGAGCUCAGAGAUGCAAAUCUUCAGAUUGCCAGUAUUUCAGAAGAGUUAGCUAAGAAGACUGAAGAUGCUGCCCGACAACAGGAAGAAAUCACGCAUCUUCUCUCUCAGAUAGUGGAUUUGCAGAAAAAGGCAAAAGCUUGUACCGUGGAAAAUGAAGAACUUGUGCAACAUUUGGGAGCAGCUAAAGAUGCCCAAAGGCAACUCACAGCUGAAUUACGAGAGCUGGAAGAUAAAUAUGCAGAAUGUAUGGAAAUGCUUCAUGAGGCACAAGAAGAACUGAAGAAUCUUAGGAAUAAGACAGUGCCAAAUGCUAUAUCACGCCGUUACCAUUCAUUAGGCCUUUUUCCAAUGGAUUCUUUAGCUGCAGAAAUUGAAGGAUCAAUGCGAAAAGAACUGCAUCUGGAUGAUACUGACUCAAGCCAUCACAAGAGAGUGUUUGACACUGUACGAAACAUCAAUCAGGUAGUAAAGCAGAGAUCCCUAACUCCAUCUCCAAUGAACAUCCCAGGAUCUAACCAGUCUUCCACAAUGAAUUCAAUCAUUUCUAGCUGUGUCAGCACACCACGAUCUAGUUUCUAUGGAGGAGAUGUUUCCAGUAUUGAGCUAGACAAUAAGAUGAAUAGUAUCAUCCUAGAAACUGAAUCCACUGAAUCUAGAGAUGAAGAGAAGAACAAGAAACCAGGAACACCAGGAACACCAGGUUCUUGUGACCUGGAAAAAGCCCUUCAAAGGUUGUCCCUUCGGAGGGAGAAUUACCUGUCAGAAAGGAGGUUUUUUGAAGAAGAACAGGAAAGAAAGUUGAGAGAAUUAGCAGAGAAGGGGGAGCUCCAUAGUGGUUCCAUUACUCCAACAGAGAGUAUUAUGUCAUUUAGAACACACUCCGGGUUUUCUGAAUUUACUGGCUAUUCAGGAAUAUCUAUCAGCAGUCGUUCAUACCUCCCAGAGAAGCUUCAGAUUGUGAAGCCCUUAGAAGGUUCUGCCACACUGCAUCAUUGGCAACAGCUUGCUCAGCCUCAUCUAGGAGGCAUCCUUGAUCCAAGGCCUGGGGUUGUUACUAAGGGCUUCCGCACUCUUGAUCUUGAUCUGGAUGAAGUGUAUUGCCUUAAUGAUUUUGAAGAAGAUGAGUCAGGUGAAAUUACAUACAAAGGCUUAACUACCUCGACACCGAUUCAGCAUGCAGAGACCUCAGUACAUCAUCCUGGAAAGUGCAUGUCACAAACCAACUCCACAUUUACUUUUACCACAUGCCGUAUUCUACAUCCUUCCGAUGAACUCACACGAAUCACACCAAGCCUUAAUGCAGCACCUACUCCAUCUUGUAGCAAUGUUGGCAAUUUGAAAGGCACUCCGGUAGCCACCCCAUGUACUCCUCGGCGUCUGAGUUUGGUAGAAUCCUUCACUAAUGUUCGGGAAUCCACAACUACAAUGAGUACAUCCUUAGGACUUGUAUGGCUACUCAAGGAACGUGGGAUAUCAGCAGCAGUGUAUAACCCACAAGGUUGGGACAGAGUGGGCAGGAGCACUCUUCUGAACACAUAUUCUCCAAGAAUGGCUGCCAUUCCUUCCACUCCUCCAAACUCACCUAUGCAGACACCUCCUUCUUCCCCACCAUCUUUUGAGUUCAAAUGUUCCAGUCCUCCUUAUGACAAUUUCCUGGCUUCCAAACCAGCUAGUUCAAUUCUGAAGGAAGUAAGGGACAAAAAAAAUAUCAGAAACAGUGAGAGUCAAACUGAUGUGUCUAUCUCCAAUCUUAACCUAGUGGACAAAGUAAAAAGGUUUGGAAUUGCCAAGGUAAUAAGUUCAGGGGAAACACAAGCUCUUAAGUUAACUGAUAAACACGGACUAUUUUUCUCUGGAUCACAAAAGUCUGGAGGCCUGCUGCCUGAGAAUUUGCCUUUGGAUUGCCCUGCUGUGACAACUGCUAUUGGAGGCAUUCAGUUGAACACUGGCAUUAGAAGGAAUCGAAGUUUCCCAACUAUGGUUGGUUCGAGCAUGCAGAUAAAAGGUCCAUCAACUCUAACCCCUGGAAUCCUAAUGGGAGGAAAACUUUCCAAGCAAACUAGCUUACGAUAAAUGGCUUAAUAUAUUUCAAGCUCCUCCUUCAAACACUUUUUUCUUCCAGUUGUUAUUAAGUUUGACAAAUCAACUUUGUGCCUAAUUGGAUAAAGUGUAAAUUUUAAAUAGAAUGUAAAUAUGUAUUAGAUGUAUUAUAGAUGAAUCAGGUCACUGUUUUGAACAUGUAACAUGCUAAAAUUUUGAAAAGCUGUUUUUUUUUUUCUUUGCACUGAAAAAAGUGAUCCUUGCACAGGGAAAAAGAAUGAUCAAUUCUCUAGUUAGCCUACCUUGACAGGGUGAGAGUAUCAUUUGGCAAGGAUUACUAAUCAUGCUAUCAGAAUUGCAAGAUUUCAGGAUGGGUGGUGAAUUCUAUGAGGAGUCUUUGUUUUUCAUGACGUGUUCAUCAUAGCAGUAGCUUAGCAUUUUGACCAUUUUGUUUGGCCUUUGAAGUGAGGAGGGAACAUUGUACUUCAGGGGUCAUAAUUCUAACUGAUUGGAUUUUUCCCUUAUGAAAUAAACUUGAAAUGAUAUAUAUUGAGAAGCAUUGCUAAGUGUGCUCCAUGCCUCAAUUGUUGUUUUGUAGCAUGACCAUAUUCUAUAUAUUUUUUUUCAAAGCUGCACUGAUGAUAAAGUGAAAAGUAUUUAAAUAAAAUUUUACUGCAGACACGGAAAAAUCAUUAUGACAUAUCCAAAAUGAAAAUAAUACCCUUAGAAUUAUUCUAUGCUUCAAUGUUAAAAAUACUAAAAUAAAUAUCUCUUUCCUUGGGAGCCAAAAUUAUUGAAUGAGUUGAUAGUAGGCCUCUUUAAAAACCAAAUUUAAAUCUGUA